GCUUACUCCCAUUCCACAAUUGUGACUUCGCGUUACCGUGCAAGCCCUUUCCGAGCCGAGUCUUUUCACGUUGCUCGCUUAGUUGUUGAGGAGCUCUUUCGCUCACCGCGCACGUAUUAGCGCUCCGCUAUUUCUCUCGUCAGCAGCAACGCACUGGCUUGUCACUACCGCGGCGUCCACUCCUUCUCACCAGUCCACACUCGCUGGCCCGCCCGACCAACCGGGAACGGAAUCGCUCGUCGCAACAAUGGUCGUCGCGUCCUUCACGGAACCGGCGCAGCAGCACCGCGCGCCCUUCCCGCUCAUUCCCACCGGCGUCCACAUAGCCACCAUGCUGGCAGCAGCCUACCCGCACUUUGACAUCGUGGAUGAGAAAUUCGUCUUCCGCACAUCGCCCGAGACUUUCGCCGACAGCCUCCGAUACACGACGCUGGGCUGUGUGCUGCUGGCGGCGGGCCACUACGCCUGCCAGUUCGUGGCGGCGCUGCGGCCGCUGCGGCACGAGUACCUAGGCACCAUGGCGCUACUGCAGCUGCUGUACGUGGGCCUGCUGGCCGGCCGCGCCGUGCUGCAUCCCGCCGCCGCCCGCGCCGACUGGGCCGGCAGCGCGGUGGGCGCACUGGCGGCGCUGCUCAGCCUCGUGCUCACGCUGUACGACAAGUACGACCCCCGUAUCUGCCCGGUGGCGGAGGCGGCCUCGGAGGAGGAGCUGCGGGACAGGCUGCCCAGCGGCAGUGAUGCCGCCACCCUAGCCGCCGCCAGGUCCCUCGCAGUACGACACGCCGCCGCCCGCAAUGCCGUACGGGUUACGGCCGCCUGGCUCGUCCCAGCCGCCACCCACGCCCUUUGGCUGCUGUACGCCGUCAACCUUAACAUGUCGUACCUGGCGCCGUACAUCACCGCCUCGCCGUCGUCGUACGGCGCCGCCGUACAGUCGGCUCUGUCGUACUGCUCGGCGGUGCCGUACCGGGAGUACGUCGUACUGCUGGUGGACGGGCUGGCGGUACUGCGGCUGGCGGCGGCGGUGUCGGGCGGGGGGAAGAAGGAGGCGGCGGAGGCAAAGGCGGCAAAGGCCGGGGAGGCCAAGAGCGACUGACGCAGUGUGGAAGUGAGGAAGUGAGGAACUAAAAGGACGGUGCGUUGCGUUGGUUAGCUAGGUGCGGAGCAACAUGUAUGGACGCGCGGCUGUGCAUGCCCAGGAGCGGGGCCCGUGUGUCUCACUCAGUCCAACACCGCACGUGCGCAUGUAUGCUUCCAGAUUUGGUUUGUGUUUGUUUGGUUGUUAGGCAGUAGUGGGGUGAAGCCCGUGCCCCGUGACCAUCGGCGGUCAUGUGCUUGCGAGGUGUUUGUGCUGUGCCGAGUGGUUAACUGCGCGUGCAAAGUCGUGAGCGCUUCAUUUGGAAUGCGGGGCCGCCUGCCCCUGCUGGUGUGUACAACCAUAUAUGCAUGCCUAUGUACCAAAGGAGAAGAGAGUGCGUGGGAAUUCAGCCCUGGUGAUGACAACAACGAAGUGCUAGGGUCGCACUUCACAGUUUAAGGCUGGCGGGCGGCUGGCUUGAUUGGCCGCAUCUAUACAAUGGACACAUGCAAUGUCUGCCUGGUCCCAUUGGGUGCACAGUUUUGACGGGGUUGCUUGUGCGUGCAUGAGUGCAUGACUGCACAUAUCGCAACUACUGUUUGCCUGCCUUGAUUGGCCGGGCGCGGGUGCGCGUGGUGAAUGCGGACGCGCGUCAAAAAGACAAACGAAUGCGUGUGUGGUGGCGCAGCAUGGACCGACACGACGACAGGGGCAGAAGUAGGUGCGUGGGGGCCGGUGGCAGAUCAUUGAAGGGCCGGCACCCGCGCAGGGCUCGUGUCUUCCUGAGGAAGGCAGCGUCCGGCUGAAAGAAGCCACACUCCCUCAAUCUUACAUUCGUACGCCG